AAGCUGGGCUUUUUAUUUUGAAGAUGAACGUCUUGCCGUUUCCGGCGCCUACAGGGCUCGAGCUCCUGGGUGAUGCGCAACGCAAGAAGCUUCAUAACUGACCCCGUCUGAUCGAAGAUCGAAGAAGCAGAAAGCGGAGAGGAGACCAUGACUUCCUCCGUCCUCCUCUCAUUGGUCGUCCUCGUGCUCCUGCUGGGUCCAGUUUCCUCUCAGAACCGCGAUCCGGCUUUGGAGGACCUGAUCCAGGGGAACACAGACUUUGGUACCCGUCUCUACCGAGCCGUCGCCAGCCGAACGGACGACAAUGUCUUCCUGUCUCCUCUCACGUUGUCUGCCGGACUAAUCGCUCUGCUGACCACCACCAGCGGUCCAACCCAGGACCAGCUGCUUCAAGGACUCACACUGACCGGACUUGACCCUCAGAACCUGCCAGAUCAGUUUCAGACUCUGAGGAACAAGGUCUUUCAGAAGGAUGCGGUCCAGAACCUCCAGCAGGGCAUGGCCAUCUUCCCUGCUCAGGGUUUCCAGGUGUCCACAUCCUAUCUGGAUCUGGUUCAGACAAAGUUUGGGGGGAAGGUUCAGAGUUUGAAUUAUAUGACAAAUUUUGAUGCCAUCGACGCCAUCAACCGCUGGGCCCAGGACCAGACCGGAGAACGGGUCCAGGAACUGUUGUCCAUCCUGGACACGCAAACCCAGCUGCUGAUUGCGACCACCGCCUCUUACCAGACCCGCUUCAGCCCGGCCUUUAACUCGUCCUCCACUCAGGACGAGCGUUUCUACGUGAACAAGUACCAGGUCGUCAUGGUUCCCAUGAUGUUCCGGGCCGAUAAGUACUUCCUGGCGUACGACCGCUUGGUGAAGGCCGGCGUGCUGAAGCUGCCGAUGGCGGACGGGGCGGCCAUGUUGGUGGUGCUGCCCGAUGAAGGCGUAGACAUCACAGCUGUGGAAGAGGAAGUGACAUCAGAGAAGAUCUGGACAUGGAUCAGACAACUGAAGAAGACGAAGUUGGAGGUGCAGCUUCCUCGUUUCAUGUUGGAGCGUUCCUACUCUCUGAAAAACGUCCUUCAGACUCUUAAUGUCGUUCAGGUGUUUGAGGAUGACGCUGACAUCAUCAACAUGGGCGGAGCUAAAGGACCGAAACUCACAGAGGUGUAUCAGACAUCUGUUGUCUCCGUUAACGAGACCAGCGAUGACAUCACUCCAGGGGGCGGAGCCACAACUUUCUCCACCCCUCCUCCACGACUCACCUUCAACAGACCCUUUAUCUUCAUCAUCUACCAGCAGGCCACCAGCGGCCUGCUGUUCAUGGGUCGAGUCAUUGACCCCUCUCAGAAAUAACCCAUCUCACCUUCACCUGACUGGGACAAGCCCCGCCCACCUCAUUACUCCAAUCACAUCUGUCAGAUAACCACACUUGAACACAGCAAUGGAAACUGGGUGUGUCUGUAGUGCUCAGUAUGAGGGUUGCGACCCCUGCAAGGGGCCACAAGGCCCACUUGACAGGCCCUGACACAUAAAUGUUUACUCGGGUCCUGAAAUUUAAACAAACAAGUAUUUACAGAAACAUUUACCCAGGUCCUCAGAUGUAAACAAACAAGUAUUUAGAGAGACAUUUACCCAGGUCCUGAGAUGUAAACAAACAUUAACACAAAAUCAUAAAUAUUAUCAAACAUUUAAUUAGUUUUUAGUGUUAUUUUAUUGCACUGAAGAGUUGUGUUAGCACUGAGCUAAUGUUAGCAUCGUUUUAAUAUUAUUGUGCUGCUUCUUUGUGUAAAUGUGUUGUUUUCCUGUGAGCUUGUUGCAGGUAGCAUGUUGUUCAGAACCAUAUUAAACCUCAAUCCAUCCA